AUGCCACCUAGCAUCCCUGACAGAUGGAUACCAUACAAAGCGUGUGGUAAAGUUAUUGAAGGGACAAGAAUAAUAUGCUUUAAAGUACCUCUUAAAAGGAGUGUGCAAAAGAAUAUUUCAGCUAAAGAUAUAUGGGAUAUUGACGCUCUAUUAAAAGCUAUUCCCAAAUUACGAGCAGUCAUAGAUCUAACUAACACAUCGCGCUACUACGAUCCAAAGGAGCUGCAGGAGCAAGGGAUAUUACAUAAGAAAAUUUUAAUGCCAGGCCGCGAAAUACCACCUAAUAAUAAGGUGACUGAAUUUGUAUCGACUGUAGAUGAGUUUCUUAUAAAAGAUAAAGAUUCCCUGGUUGGAGUCCAUUGCACGCAUGGUUUGAAUCGAACCGGGUACAUGGUGUGUCGCUACAUGCGGGAUCGUCUCGGUAUACCGGCAAAGGAAGCUAUAAGAAGGUUUGAAAUAGCGAGGGGCUAUCAAAUUGAACGAAAUAAUUAUAUUGCAGAUCUAAUAGGUAAAGCACCGCCGCCGCCCGAUCUAGGAAAACAUACUGUAUUAAAACCUGUACGUAAUGAAAAUGGUACAAAAUCCAAGAAUUAUAUGGGAAAGGGACGCAAUCGUAACAAUUCAGACACGAGUCAAUCAUCAUACGAGUUUGAUUAUAAAUAUGAUUAU